ACCUCAUACAAAAAAAAAGUGGUUAAAGCAGACGAGAAAAAAACUUGCAAACAUAUACAUGAAAGAAAAUAUAUGGAUGUAGUAGCAACUACAAGUGGCCUAUUUGCAUUGACAUUAUUGGUAAAACCAACGGAUGGAUCAGCUGGCGAUAGGCAUCAGAUCUUUCGGACGUGUGUGGAAUCAUGUAUAUUGAAACAUGGCUGCCCACGGAAAUAUGAUGAAAUUGGUUGGAUAUUUGGCGAGUGUUUCAGAUGUCGUUACAGUUGUACAUGGAAAACUGUGAAAUAUUUUAACGAUGUUUUACAUCUUUCUGUGCCACAAUUUUAUGGUAAAUGGCCAUUCUCAGCUAUUUGGCUACCAUUCAUUGCGCCUGUUCCAGUUCAGGAAUUUGCUUCCGUCAUAUUUUCAAUAUUGAAUUUACUCACGACAUUAUCAAUGUAUCGUGCAGUUAAACGUCUUUACAAUUCAGCUCGUCUAAAAAUUAUUUGGGCUACUUAUUCAAUAAUUGGAAUUGUAAUGUGGACAUGUUCAGCUAUUUUCCAUUGGGCCGACUUUUGGUUAACUGAAUAUUUAGACUACUUCGCUGCAUGUGCAUUUAUUGUAUUUGCACUUUUUACUAGCAUUUCAUUUACUAUUAGAUCAUUUCAAAAUUGUCACCAAGGAAGGAUUUUGUGGUUCCUUUUGUUCAUCAUCUUUCUAUACCUGUAUACAAAUCAUAUAUAUAGUCUUACGAUAUACUUCGACUACGGUUACAAUAUGAAAAUGUGUAUUGCGUGUUCGCUCCUUACGGCGAUUAUUUACUAUAUAUGGUUAGCAAAGCAGUGGAAGUCUAGGGAUCAUUCGAGCAGACGAUCGUUACCAUAUUUAGCUGUAGUGGUCACCUGGGGCCUGUUAUCAGUUCUGUUGGAGGUCUUAGAUUUUGCUCCAUUAUAUUGGAUUAUUGAUUCACAUUCAUUAUUUCAUUUAUCGACAGUACCAUUACCAUUGCUGCUAACUCGUUUUAUACAGCUAGAAAAUGCCUAUGAAAUGCAGAAGCAAAUGGGAAAUAUUAAACAGACUUAAAAGAUACAUUUCUAUUAGUGUUGGUGAUAUGAAAAAAGAAUCGAUAUGUAAUAUGCAAAUUCUCUGUGAUUUGCAGUUGUUUCGUUUUGGACUUGCAUUAUUAAUAACUGUGAUAAAAGC